UUGCGCCUUGGACCGUGUGCAGCUUAGUGGCUGUGCCUAUGUGAGUGAAAAGAGAGAGGAGGGGGAAGAGACGUAUCCAGAUCCAGUGCAGCAGCCGAAGGAGCUGGAGCAGCAGCCGUUCUGCUGCUGUGGGGGAAGGAAGCCCAGGGCUGCUGCAUUUGCACCCUGAUUAUUUUUUUAAAUUUAUUUUUUUCUGGCUGAUUUUGCCCGUUAUUUAUGCAAAAAAUAUAAAUAAGGAAGCGAGUGGCGUGAUUGAGAUAAAUAAUUAACUAGAGGAGAAGGCGGGGGAGGAGGAAGAAGAAGAAGAAGGAGAAGAAGGGAAGGAAAGGAAAGCAGAGCAAAGCAAAGCAAACCAAACAGCAGGCAAGAGGGGCAGUAACUUUAACCACAGCCAAGGACCCAGAGACACUGACUGGCCGUUUGUUGCUGCAGCAGCCGUCUCAACCUUGUGUCUGCGCUGUGUGAGGGAGCGAGCCCUUCCCUUCUGCCUCCGACUGCUGGAAAUGUCUGAGCAUAAGGCAAUUGAUCCGAAGUUAUCAACGACGGACAGGGUGGUGAAAGCUGUCCCAUUUCCUCCAAGCCACCGGCUCACAGCUAAGGAAGUGUUUGAUAAUGAUGGAAAACCCCGUGUGGAUAUCUUAAAGGCACACCUUAUGAAGGAAGGGAGGCUGGAAGAAAGUGUUGCUUUGAGAAUAGUAACAGAGGGUGCUUCAAUUCUCCGUCAGGAAAAAAACUUGCUGGACAUAGAUGCCCCAGUCACAGUUUGUGGGGACAUCCAUGGACAAUUCUUCGAUUUGAUGAAGCUGUUUGAAGUAGGAGGUUCUCCUGCCAACACACGGUACCUCUUCUUGGGGGACUAUGUGGACAGAGGGUACUUCAGUAUUGAAUGUGUGCUGUAUUUGUGGGCCUUGAAAAUCCUUUAUCCCAAAACACUGUUUUUACUUCGUGGGAAUCAUGAAUGUAGACAUUUAACAGAGUAUUUCACAUUUAAACAAGAAUGUAAAAUAAAGUAUUCAGAACGAGUAUAUGAUGCCUGCAUGGAUGCCUUUGACUGCCUUCCCUUGGCUGCUCUGAUGAACCAACAAUUCCUGUGUGUACAUGGUGGCUUGUCUCCAGAGAUCAACACUUUAGAUGACAUCAGAAAAUUAGAUCGAUUCAAGGAACCACCUGCAUAUGGACCUAUGUGUGAUAUCCUGUGGUCAGAUCCUUUAGAGGACUUUGGAAAUGAGAAGACUCAGGAACAUUUUACUCACAACACAGUUAGGGGGUGUUCAUACUUCUACAGUUACCCUGCUGUAUGUGAAUUCCUCCAGCACAAUAACUUGUUAUCUAUACUCCGAGCCCACGAAGCUCAAGAUGCUGGGUAUCGUAUGUACAGGAAAAGCCAAACAACAGGCUUCCCUUCACUAAUUACAAUUUUUUCAGCACCAAACUAUCUAGAUGUAUACAAUAACAAAGCUGCAGUAUUGAAGUAUGAGAACAAUGUUAUGAAUAUCAGACAGUUCAACUGUUCCCCUCACCCAUACUGGCUUCCAAAUUUCAUGGAUGUGUUCACUUGGUCCUUGCCAUUUGUUGGAGAGAAAGUGACAGAGAUGCUGGUAAAUGUGCUGAACAUCUGCUCAGAUGAUGAAUUAGGGUCAGAGGAAGAUGGUUUUGAUGGAGCAACAGCUGCAGCUCGAAAGGAGGUUAUUAGGAACAAGAUCCGAGCAAUAGGAAAGAUGGCCAGAGUGUUCUCUGUCCUGAGAGAAGAGAGUGAGAGUGUGCUGACACUGAAAGGUUUGACUCCAACAGGAAUGCUGCCCAGUGGUGUACUCUCUGGAGGGAAGCAAACUCUGCAAAGCGCGACUGUUGAGGCUAUUGAGGCUGAUGAAGCUAUCAAAGGAUUCUCACCACAGCAUAAGAUCACUAGUUUUGAAGAAGCCAAAGGCUUAGAUCGAAUUAAUGAGAGGAUGCCUCCACGCAGAGAUGCCAUGCCAUCUGAUGCCAACCUUAACUCCAUCAACAAGGCAAUCUCCUCAGAGACUAAUGGCACUGACAGCAAUGGCAGUAACAGCAGUAAUAUUCAGUGACCACUUCCUGUUUUUUUUAGCUGCAGGGCAUGAUGGGAUUGCUGCACAUCAACAGUUGGAUGUUCUUGCCUCUGAUACUAGCUUACUUGCUCUGGGAGCCAGAUGUUGAGUCAGUUUACAAUAUCGUCUAAGAAGAGAUAGUAAACUUUAUUUUGGUGGGUGGGGGGUGGGGGCCAAACACCUCCUUUGGAUAUGCCUUUAACAUGCUUAUAGAAAUAUGAAAGCUAAUGCUGGUAUAUAUUGCAAAGUUAGGGGAAUUGAACAUGUUUUCCUACUGCAUUGGGAACUUCUAGAUAUGUUACUGAAAGGCCUUUUAUUAUGUUACUGGACAUGAAAACUUUGUCUAAUUUCUUACUAACUAUUGUACGUUUACAGUUGCAGCACUAAAUAUGGAUGACAUCAAAACAUUUUUAACAAAAUGAUGUACAAACUAAAUAAGGACUAUUUAUUGAUAAUGUUUUGCUACUCUUGUCAGACAAUGGCUAUGAAAUAAAUUAGGCAGUCUUUAAAAAUAUAAAAACAGAAUGUUGGAAAUUUGUUAAAAAUGCCAAAAAAGAAAAAAAAAAAAAAAAAGGACAAGUUUAAUUUUGUACAGAUUAUGCUUACCUCAGGUUUCUUUAGUGUGCUUCAAUGCCCUUCUUUAAAUAUAACACUUAUCUUACUAAUUUGGCAGAAAAUAUCUUUUUUCUUCAACUUUAAAAAAAAAACUGGAAUAAUGCUAACAUUUAUCUUUUUUUUUUUGCUGUUUAUAUUUAGGGGGGUUUUUUUGUUUUUUGGGGGGCAGUUUUUCGUAAAUCAAGUCUUGGUUGUGGCUUGCUGAAUUUAAAUAUUUGAGUGGUGCAUUUUUAAGUAUAGUGAACAAGACACCAUAUUAAGUGCAGUGAAAAGCAUCUAUAUUCUGUAAAAAUCUGCCUAUGCAUGUUUUUUAAGAAAAAAAAUUGGCUGUAUAGGCCUGUAUGGGACUGUAAUGCGCUUAGUGGUCUGACUUAUACUGGAAAUGUAUGUAUACUGGCGUACUUUAUAUUCUCUAAAAAAAAAAAAAAAAAUGCUUAAUGCCUUUGAAAUUUUGUAAUCAAAAAGAGCUUUGAAAAAUCUAAGGGGAAGAGUAUUCUUAAAAAGUUUUUAACAUAAGCUUGUCAGUGCACAUAUUAGAUGGUUAGCAUGUUUAGCAAACCUUGUGAAAUUUAAAUAAGUUUGUAGUUACAUGUGAAACUCUAAAUGCAUGAUAACUGUUAAUGUCAUAAUGGUUUAGUCAUUUUGUUAUGUUCUGUCAUGUGCCACAAAAUGUGUAAUUUUUUCACUUUUUUCCCUUUGUAUAUCAGUUACGGGUUACAACUGGUUCAUUCUGAAAAAGAAAAACAAAACAGUCCAUUGAUAUUUUUUAACAAUUGUAUAAGUGCCCAAGUAAUUCACUACAGCCUACAGCCUUGCCUUUGUAAUUUGACUUCUGAAAUGUUGGCAAUCAAAGCAUGCACUUGUAACAAUGAAAAAAGCAUUUUAUAUUACUACUCAAUAAAAAUGUGCAUGAAUUUAA